AGACUGAUACCUUUACGUUGACUCCUACUGAUGAGGAAAGUGACCACCAGCUCCUCUCUCACAACUCUCAUGUAGCUGAGAGCCAAGAUCAGAAAGAAGACAAGCUUGGAGACUCAGGCUCAACUAAUGCAGAGCUAAAUCUACAGAAUCUACAUCACGAAAGCACAAGUCACACUAACAAUGUAGACAACCCUAACCUGUCAGAGAUGCACUGUGAUACUCACACAGGUAAACUGCCUUUAAAAUGUGACACAUGUGGAAAAGACUUUCAGAAUAAUUCAUCACUGAAGAGACAUCUGAGAACCCACACAGGUGAGAAUCCAUAUUCUUGCAAAACAUGUGGGAAAAGAUUUGGUCGAACAUCAGAAUUGAAAACUCACAGUAGUGUCCACACAGAUGAGAAGUCAUACUCUUGUAAAACAUGUGGAAAAUAUUUCCGAUAUAAUGGUGACUUGAAAGACCACAUGAGAAUCCACACAGGUGAGAAGCCGUUUGCAUGCCAAACAUGUGGGAAAGUUUUCAGAAUUCGUAGUAUCUUGAAAGGCCACAUGAGAAUUCACACAGGAGAGAAGCCAUAUUCUUGUAAAACAUGUGGAAAAUAUUUCCGCUAUCUUAGUCACUUGACACGCCAUAUAAGAAUCCACACAGGAGAGAAGCCAUAUUUUUGCAAAAUGUGCGGAAAACAAUUCCACCGUAAUAGUUACUUGAAAAGCCACAUGAGAACACAUGCAGGGGGAGAAGCUGCAUCACUGCAGCACUGAGGUUCCAGGGAUUAAAGAGGAACAGGAGGAACUAAAAGGAGUGUGACACUCCUGACUUCAGGGUUACACUUUUUAAUAAGUGUUGUAUCAUGCACUGUUUCUACAAACUACCUCAGCAAUGAGGUCACUAAGGUUAUUUUUUCGUUAGAGGAAGAUUGUGUGUCUGAUUUGGGUUAUUUGAUUGCAAUGGGAUAGUGCUUGAUCACCUGAACGUACAGGUAGAAAUGCAGCCAUGAUGGCUCCACGAGCAGGAGAACUCAGCUUUAGGAUUCAGGGGGAUCUAUUGGCAGAAAUGGAAUAUAGUAUUCAUAACUUUGUAUUCUUUCGUCUAUAAUCACCCGAAACUAAGAAUUGUUGUGUUUUCAUUAGAUUAAUAUGAGCCCUUCGUAUCUACAUGAGGAGCGUGUCCUCUUCCACUGAGACGGCCAUGUUGCCUCUUCAGUAUCACAGAACAGACGAACCAAACUCUAGAAAGGGUUGUCCGUGUUUUUACGUUACCGGAAGUCACUGUAGCUUCUCUCAACGCUUGGAAAAGGAUGUGAGCGGAGGAGUAUUCAGUUAGUUGCACCUGCAACCUCACCGCUAGAUUCCACUAAAUCCUACACACUGGACCUUUAAGGGGAACGUUAAUGUUGUAACUGACAAUGAUGAACAAACUGUUAACCAAGAUGAAUGUUACUGCAUUGCAUGGAACUUUUUAAUUGAACAAUGAUGACACUGAGCAUGGAUGAUUGUAGCAACACUGUUUAUUUAAUUUGUUAUACUGCUGCACAUUGUUUGAAGACUGACUGUGACAGAACAUAUUGCUGGAAUGGCCAGAAAAUAUAGAGGCUUAAAGAGAACGUAUUCAUAUCACACAUGUUUGUUACCAAGGUAGAAAGGUGCAUCACAUUUUACGGUUUGUAAAUAAUGAACGGGAGUAUACAUUGUCUUGAAGAGAUGCUAUCAAGUCAUUUCUUUCGAAAUGCUACAAACAUUGUGAUAGAAAAACAAAAUGUAAACCAGGAUGUUACUGUUCAUUUUUUUUGUAAAUGCAUUUGUAUGAACAUGGAGAUAAUGGUAUGUGUUGUAUUUCAUGACAAGUAAUUACAAAAAAAUAAUUUACUUCCCUUAAAGAUCUCCUUUAUAUCUCUCGCCUAAUUUAUAUUUCAGUUAUCUUGUAUUUCAGUUAUUUCAUACAUAGAAAUACACAAUCAAACAAGUUACAACUACAUGGGCCAUCUAAGUACUGGCUGCAUAUUUAUGUACAGAGAAAUUAGCUAAAAUGGUCAUUUAGCUUCACCAGCAACGGCAUGCUGGUGAACCAGCAUCAUUAAUGGGAACUAGCUGGUAGACUAGCACCGCUGGUAAAAAGAGGCUUUCUAUCCCUCUGAGAGCGUAGAUUGAAUUAAUACUUUUUAUUAGAGAAUGGGACGAGGGUUUGGGAUGAACUUAAAAAAAUGUCUUUAAUUACAUUGGAGAAUUUAAUUUUCAAUCCAGUAUAAGGCUUUUAUGCAACAUUUUGGAUGCAAACUGUCUUUUAAAAACCAACAAAGAAGAAGACAUCCAAUUAUAUCUGAUGUAGAAAAGAAAUAGAAGAAUGGGAAUUCAAACCAUCAAUUGAAAAAUCACACAUUAUAUGCUCUGCUAAACACGAUAAAUCAGUACCAAGAAGAACAAUUUACUGGGAUGUCCGUCGUGCGAGAUUAGGGAGCAAGCAAGACAUCUUUAUCAAAUAUCUACUGGGCUCUGAUGAGAGCCGUCCUAUAUUAAAGCUGGGGAACAAUAGUCUGUUUGGGGGGAGAAGAAAAGAGAUAAAGAGAAGAAAACACAAUUCUGUUGCGCCCAUUUUCACUCCUGUGGCAUUUAAAAGUCUUUCUAUACCCUAGUUUUUAAAAAAGACGAAGAAAGUUGUUUAUGUAUUUCUGGAGGAGAAAAACCUGUCCACAAGAUUGCAGGAUCAAAUCCUGACUCCGACAGGAUUAAGGAUUAUAAUGUGCACAAUAAAAGUGCUUGUGUUGCCCGUUAAAACUUGGAUUUAUUCAAGAUAUUGAUUUGUAAGACUUGUGCAAUGCAGUUAAGUGUCAAUACAUUAGUGUGAAAUACAACUUUGCUAGUCAAUAUUAUAUACUUCCUUAUCCAUAUGUAGAUUCCAUGUAUUUUACAAGUUCAUUGAUUAAAUAUUUUGAUCAGGGAUAGUUUGUGCUGUGUUCCCUUGAAUAAUAAUUGUCUUGGUUUCAUCAGGGUGGUGUCUGAGGCUGUUUCAACUUUCGUUAUACAGUCCAUUCCAGUCAUGUGACUGGUAGAUCACCAUAGAUACCACAUAUCCAGGAGGAUGAUGUUAUUUUGCAUACUUACUCGUCCUCAUGCCUGAUUUAUGGACUGUAUAUAAGGAAACCAGAAGUUGCCUCAGACACCAACCUGAAAAAGAAAAGCAUAUAUUUGUUGAAUAAAACAUUAUGUAAU